GGAGGGAAGAGAAAGGGAGGGGGAAAGUAAAAGUCCAAAGGAUUCUGAAAAACACAAGGAGCAGCAGAGGAUUGGAAAUUUGCCCUGAGCUGUGAUCAGCCCGCGUGAAGACCCCAAAAGAUGGGCAGCUAUCCAGUUUCUGUGCUCUUAUGCUGUUUUUUCUUUGUACUUGUUACUGUCCGGGCACAACAAACUGAACUACGUGACACUGAUGCCACUGCUUUGCCACCACCAGACUGCAGAGAGGAAACAUACCCCUGCACCAGGAUGUACUCUGUUCAUCGACCGAUAAAGAGAUGCAUUCAUUCACUCUGUCUCUACAGUCUUCCAAGAGUCUAUGUGAUCAACAAAGAAAUCUGUGUAAGAACCGUGUGCCAGCAAGACGAGAUCCUGAUGGCUGAACUCUGUAGAGAGAAAUCGGGUUGGCCAAAACGCCAAAAGAGGACAACUAUGAAACGCUGUCUCCGUGCCAACCCUAAAACCUGGGCAAACAGGGCCUAAAGUCAGAUGGAUGACAAAGGGCAGAGUUUUGGUUCCAACAAAUACAACUGUAAAUCUAAAUGUUGAAUCUAAAAAUGUAAACUUGUUACAUUCCUAAAACAAACCUAAGCUGUGGUCCAGUGACCUUCACAAACAUUACUGUUCAUAAUCACUUUAUGUAACUUAUAAUCAUUUUAAUGCUUGAACUUGAAACUGAAAAAAA